GCGUUUGCCUUGCACGCGGCCGACCCGGGUUCGAUUCCCAGCACCCCAUAUGGUCCCCUGAGCACCACCAGGAGUAAUUCCUGAGUGCAGAGCCAAGAGUAAGCCCUGUGCAUUGCCGGGUGUGACCCAAAAAGAAAAAAAAAAAAGAUCCACGAGCUGUAUUAUGGAUUCACCACCAGGAUCUCACCAUUCUACAAGGAAGUGAUCAUUGACGUAAAGAGAGGGGUUCAUUAGGUGAUACCAUUUCACUGAAACUCUUCAGUGCCACCCUCGAGAAUGUCAUGCGAUGACUGGAAUGGGAAGGAAUGGGAGUGAAGAUAGACGGUCGGCAACUACACCACCUUCGCUUCACAGAUGACAUCAUUCUUAUAACACCAAACAUUAGCCAAGAGGCACAAAUGCUGGCCGACUUCAACUGUGAGUGUGGAAAGGUCGGACUGCAGCUGAACCUCAGUAAAACAAUGUUCAUGAAUAACGAACUAGUCCCUGAUGUUCCAUUUGCUCUCAACAGAACGAACAUCUCUGAAUGCAGCAGCUAUGUGUACCUGGGUCGAGAACUCAGCUCGAGGAAUGACUUGGUGCCAGAACUGUACAGGAGGAAGAGAGCAGUGUGGAACGCUUUCAGGAGCAUCUGGAAGUGGUUAAGAGGAUGAAGAACCUCCGGUUCUGGGCACAUCUUUUCGACUCCACCGUUCUUCCUGCUUUAUCAUACGCCUCAGAGACCUGGGCCCUACGAAAAUAGUAUGAGAACGCUAUUCGGUAUCCCAAAGAGGAAAGAGCCAUGCUUGAAGUAUCACGUUUCACUCAAGUGAGAGAAGGAAUUCGUAGUUUCACCCCCAUCGAUGGUCAAGAAUCAGGGACGCUGUCUUGUUUGCCAAGGCAUCAAAAAUCAGAUGGGCCGGACAUGUAAUGUGAUUCAGAGACGACCGCUGGACUAGAAUUGUUACCGACCAAAUUCCAUGGGACAUCAAAAGACCGCGUGGCCGCCCACCAACAAGAUGAUCAGACUUCAUCAUCAAAACCCUGAACUAAUGGUUUGAGGCUCUUUGUGUUCCUUGGAGCAAGCAGAUAUCAUUGGGCUACACUAGCAAGCGACAGGGACUUACAGAGACGUUACUGGCACCCGCUCGAACAAAUCGAAGAUCAACGGGAUGACAAGUGAUACAAGUGAUAUGGCCCAGCAGUUCCCCUCUUGGGUGUCGAUCCAAGGACCCAGAAACCACCCAGAAAAGACAUUUGCACUCCGGUGACAAUUGCCAGGGUCACAGUCUAGAGUUUCAUUUUAAACCCUGUGCUUGCUUUUAAAAAACCAAAAAAACCAAAAAACUAUUAUUAAUUGAAUCACCGUAAAUUGCAAAGUUUCCAACUUACUCCUGAUGGAGUUCCAGGCUUACAGUGUUCCAAAACCCAUCCCUUCACCAGUGUCCACUCACCUCUGCUACUGUCCAGUCACCCUCCUGCCCCAGCUUGUCCCAUUGGCCCAGCACCCCGAGGGCAGGCCGGAGCACUCCCAGUUCUCCCCGGCCGACGGCGUGGGCGACGACCUGGCGCUCAGUGAGCAGAUGGUGGACAUCCUGGCCUCGGGCGAGCCCGAGGGCAUGCUCCAGGCCCUGGAGGAGUUGGAGAUUGCAACCCUGAACCGGGCUGACUCGGAGCUGGAGGCCUGUCGGACCCGAGUCAGCAAAGAUAUCAUCUUCCUGCUGCUGAGGAGCCUGGGCAGCCACGGGCACGUGUCCCCGCAAGUGGAGAGGAGGAUGGGCGCCGCCUUCAAGGCGCAGUUCCUGCUGCUGGAGAAGGAGAUCCAGGAGGAGUAUGACCGGAAGAUGGUGGCCUUGGCUGCCGAGAGCGACCUGGAGAGCAGGAAGAAGACAGAAAACCAGUACCAGAGGGAGAUGGCGGCCAUGGAGGAGGCCGAGGAGGUGCUGAAGCACGUCAGUGAGCGGUCGGCGGCGGAGUGCAGCAGCCUCCUGAGGAGCCUGCACGGCCUGGAGCAGGAGCAGCUGCGGCAGGCGCUGGCGCUGCGGCAGGAGGAGGACUUCGCCCGGGCGCGCCGGCAGCUGGCCGUCUUCCAGAGGAGCGAGCUGCACAGCAUCUUUUUUGCCCAGAUUCGAGGGGCCGUGAGCAAAGGGGAGCUGCAGCCGGAGCUGGCGGAGGCGCUGCUGCAGGACUACACACAGAUCCAGGAGGAUGUCGAGGAGCUGAUGGAUUUCCUGCAGGCAAGGAAGCGGUGGCACCUGAGCAAGCGCUUUGCCCACCGGGAGUACCUGGUGCGGAGCAUGCAGGCCACCGAGAGCCGCGUGCAGGGCCUGCUGCGGGUGGCCGCCGCCCAGCUCAGCCUCCUCAUCCAGAAGCACGAGAGAGCCGGGUACCUGGAUGAGGAGCAGACGGAGGCGCUGCUGGAGCGGGUCCACACGGAAGUCUUCUCGGUGACGCAGAAGCUGGACAGUGACCUGAAGCAGGAGAAGAAGAAGCUCCGCCAGAAGCUGCUUGUCCGGAGUCGGCGCGAGACGCUGCAGAAGCACAGGGAGCAGCGGAAGGAGCAGCUGGCCCUCAGCGAGGCCUUCCGGGCGGCCGAGGACGUGGGCCAGUACCUGGAGCAGUGGCGGAGCCUGCUGGCGGACCACGGCGCGGCCCUGGAGGAGCUACAGGAGCGCCUGGACCAGGCGGCGCUGGACGAGCUGCGGGCGCUGACGCUGGCGCGGGCCGAGAGGGCCACGGAGGAGCUGCGGCGCAUGCAGAGCUCGGGGAUGACCCAGGAGCUGCUCAAGCGCAACGCGCCAUGGCUGUUCCUGCAGCAGAUCCUGGAGGAGCACGGCCAGGAGAUGGCCACCCGGGCCGCGCGGCUGGAGGCCGAGGAGCGCGACAGGGGCCAGGAGGGCGUCCAGGGCGUGAGGCAGAGGCUGAAGGACGACGCGCUGGAGGCCGCCGUGCAGGAACAGGCCGAGCUGAGGCACUGGGAGCAGCUGAUCUUCACGCAGCUCUGCGCGUCCUGCCUCUCGCUGUCGCAGGAGGAGCUGCUGGGCCUGCGGCGGGAGGCGCAGGGCUGCUUCGCGCAGAUGGACCGCAGCCUGGCGCUCCCCAGGAUCCGCGCCCGCGCCCUGCAGCGGCGCCUCCUGGCCGCCUGGCGGGACGCAGAGGCCCUGAAGCUGGACCAGGCCCUGGCCGCCCCUGAGCUGCAGCACCCAGCCAAGGGGAAGAAGACCCGAUCCAGGAACAAGAGCAAGGCCGACUUGCUGAAGAGGCGCCUGGAGGACAAGGUCCGGCUCUCCGAGGAGCAGCCCCCCGAAGACCUGCUGGAGAAGGUCCGGGCGGAGCUGCGGGCUGAGCGGCUGCAGCAGCUGGAGGCCCAGGAGGGCUGCUUCGCCGAGUCGCUGGUGUCCCUGCAGUUCCAGAAGGUGGCGUGGACGGCCGGUACCCUGUGGGCCUGCAGUGCUCUCCUGAGCAUCCAGGGCCUCCUCCUGGAAGAGCUGAGUGCGUCCGGGGCCCUGACCUCGGAGGCCUGUACCAGAGUCCUGGACUCACACUGCCCGGAGCUGCAGGAGCUGGAGAAGAGGCUGGAGGACAAACUGGCGCUCCAGGAGGCGGCUGGGCUGCAGCGGGCGCUGGCCAGUCAGCAGCAGUGGGCGGCGGAGGGGCCGCGGCUCCUGCAGGGGCCCGAGGGACCAGACUCCGAGAGGCAGCUGUCCGCCGCCCUGCAGCGAGCGCUGAGCCAGCGCCCCACGCUCCUGAAGCAGCAGCAGCAGAGCCUGAGAGAGGAGCAGCAAGACUGGGUCGUGCUUGAAGACUUGCUGGAGAAGAUGGAGAUGGACGCAGUGGCCAGCCUGUAUGGCCAGGAGCUGAGGCUGACGUCCUACCUGUCCAAGCUGAGCUCGGUGCCCGCGGGCACGCUGCAGCGGCUGCUGACCCUGGCCCUGCCCACCGCCUUGCAGCCCGAGCUGCUGGCCGCACUGGACUCGUGGGGCCAGAAGCAUCCCGACCACGCGCUGGAGGGCGCCAGCGGGGAGCAGGCCGACUCGGGCAGGCAGAGGAAGCACGGGAACUGGUGGCAGGGGUUGGAGAGCCGACUCGAGGGAGAGCUGAUCAGCAGAGGGGCGGAGAGGAUGCGCUGGGCUCAGCAGAGGAAGGAGAGCAUCCUGGGCAGGCCCUGCGCCCCGCUCAGGGACCGAGCUGUGUUCUCGGGCACGGGCAGCUGGCCGCACCUGACUCUGGAGCCCCUCGGCCAAGUGGCCCCCGUGUCCAUCCUGGGGGAAGAGGCCGUGGAGUCCCUGAGCACGGGCGAGAAGCUCUUUAUCUUCCGGAACCCGCAGGAGCCCGAGCUCUCGCUGCAUGGCCCGCCCCGGAGAAAGAAGAAGAACUUCCUCAACGCCAAGAGUGCUGCUCGGGCCCGGGGCCUGGACUAGUGGGGGCACCUCUGCACGGGCUGAAACACAGAAUCGGCUUCUCCUCUGUGUGUGUGUGUGUGUCUGUGUGUGUGUGUUCAGGUAUGUGUAUAUGCAGGUAUGUGUGUGUGAGUGCAAGUAUGCCUAUGUAUGCAUGGGUGCAGGUAUGUCUAAGCAUGUGAAUGUUUGCAGGUUUGCAAGUGUGUGCAUGUAUAAGUGCAGGUAUAUAUGGGUACAUGUUAGUGUAUGCACACGUAUGCAGGUAUGCCUCUGUACAUGUGAGUAUGUGCAGGUGUGCCUAUGUGUGCAUGUGAGUGUGUAUGCGCAUUUGUGUACAGGUAUGCCUGUGUGUGCAUGUGUGUAUGUGCAGGUAUGUGUGUAUAUAUGCAGGUAUGAUGUGUGUGUGCAUGCAUGUGUGAGUGUGCAGCUUGCAGAUCCUUUGGCACAGGCAGGAGAGACUGAAGACCCCAUCCCUGCCUGCACCCCCGGCCCCAGCUCUUGGGGUCCCAGACUUUGCCGAUGGUCCCGCCCUUGAAUCUGAAAAUGACAAGAUGCUGCCUGGGCCAGGAGCGGCCGCCCGGGACGGCAGCUUUCAGGCAGCCUUGCUCGAGUCCGGAGGAGACCCCCGCCCCGGCCCCUCGCCAGCUGCCCAGCUGAGUGUGGCUGGCAGGGUCUGGCCUGACCACCGUGUGUGUCCCUGCUCUGUUGGUGUCCGGAUCUUUCCAGAAUAAACACCUCCCCCGCGA